GCGCCAAAUGGCAGCCACACGGGGGAGGAGGGGUCCAGUCCUCCUUCAUGGGCCCGGCUCAAGCCACGUCCGACUGCUUCUUGGAAUCACCAGCCACAAGGGUCCAGGCGCGCGGCUGCCUGCAUCUGUGGCUGGUGUGAUACGCUCCUAACUUCUAUUCACGAUUCACAUUCACAGGUCAUCAUCAUCCUAGCGACUUCCCAUGAACACAUACGUGUGUGCAUGCGUUCCUUGAGAGCUGGCUUCAUUUUGGUUUUAUAUCACUUUGUCAUUCUGGAUGCUCUCGUCGACUGUUUUAGCCUCGAGAACAACGUUCCGAGUCGCCGUCAUGCUCAGCGGAUCUCUGCGCGAGCCUGUACGCAAUGACCCCCACAGAACAGGACGUUGAGAUACUCGUUCAUGUGGAUGCUCCCAGUCGAGUCGCCGAUGAUGCGCGCUACCGCCAACUGGCAAAUGCCUAUCUCAGCUAUCAGCCUGGCCGACGUGACACGGUUCCGCUUCACGAUGAGAAGCAGGUAGCAUCGUCCACCACCAACGAGCGUACCGAGGCCAUCACCUCUCCAACGUCAUCUACCAGAGUCGAGCCUGCGAAUCUAGAACUCACUGUUCAAGAAUCCCAGGAUCUGAGCUUCACUGGUGUCUUUGACAAUCGAGGCUCGCCGCGUUUGACCACGUCCAGGCAACUGUCCGGACCUCGAUUCGAGGAACGCAUUCCAUCAUCCUUGCCGGAGGAUAGCGUGUCUCAGCAGCUGUUCUCCGCGCCUGAAAGUCAAAUCGCAGAUUCGUAUCCUCUCCCGAGGUUGAACAUCUAUACUUCGCCCACAAAGGUGCUGCAGCGUUAUGUGAGCCUUCAUACACCGGCGGCACCUACCGACAGCUCAAGCAAGCCCACCGACACUGAGCAAACCUCUUCCGCAAGCCACAAUCCAAGGAGGUCACCACGAGCACCAUUGUCUAACAACACUCCGAAUAGGAGUACAUCGGCGCAUGUUGAUGGCAAUGCGCCGAAGGUUGUUCCAGAGACUCCUUUGGCACGUGUGGUGCAAAAACGGGUGGCCGAGGAAAUUCGCGUGGACGACCAUCGCCACCAUGAUGUGACACAUAUUACAGGGAGUGACCUGAGCAACGAUGCACCAUCUAUAUAUGCUCCCAGAGCCGGUUCUGCUCCGCCAGCAAAGCGACUCAGGUCCUCAGCCGACACUGCGAUACCCAAACCGGGGAAUCUAAUACGCAGCGCAAGCGAGAGGGUCAGUGCCACCAAAUCUUCAUCGCCGGUGCCAACCCAUCACGCUUUGCUCGAGCUGUAUCCGCCCUCACCAGCCGUGAGCAUCGACAAACUGACUGCAGACGAUUGCAUCCCGCCAAAACUCGCCAAGCUGGCUCGAGAUGUGUCCUCGCGCUACCAACCUACUACAAAACGAGAGCUCGAGCCUUUUGAGAGAGGGCACUGGCUCGUUGAUUGCACGACUUGGAAGCCCCAUGUCCGUAUCGACGCGUGGAAUUUCAUAGGGGAAUAUUUUAAGAGCGGCUCGGCAGGCUGGGGCGUGUGGUGUCGACGGGACACGAAUCACGAGUGGAUCAAAUUAUACUGCUGGGGAUGCGUCACGAAGCAUAUGUAUCUCUUGUUAUACCUGGCAAGUGGUAGGGCAAUGAAGUACACCGGCGCCCAAUGGAAGGACGCAGAUGGGGAGGUGGUGAUACAGGCUCAGCCGAUGACUGAAGGCCUCACGCAGGGAUAAUUAUCGAUGGCAUAGGCGGGCAUUGCGUCUGGCGUUAUUAUUGUUAGCAUGGUGUCUACACUGGGACUUUGAUUUCAUCAUUGGGGAACGGGGUACAUAGAAAUAGAUUAGGGGCCUACGUAGAGAAA